AGCAGGCAGCUCCACAAUCAGCCGCCUGCUACAGACAAGGCAAGGGGGAAAAAAAAUGAGAGCCAGGGCCAACAAGAAGCCUUCGAACCGCGCGGCCGAAUAAAAUGAGAGCGAUCCCGUGAAGCAGAAACAGAGAGACGCGCGGAUCCUCAUUGAGUCACAGGAUUACCGCGGGAGCAACCGGGGCGCAACGACGUCAUGCCCCGAGAAGCCGAGCCGUCGCUCAACGAGAAGGCGUUUGUCCUCCAGGCGUUGCAGCAGAACCUCCGCCUCGACGGCCGCGAGGUGGAUCAGUAUCGACCCAUAAAGCUCACCUUUGGCGACGAGUAUGGCGUGGUGGAUGUCGAGCUGGGCAAAACACGAAUCCUCGCCAAGACCUCAGCCGAGGUGACGGUUCCCUACGCAGACCGACCCUUCGAUGGCAUCUUCAACAUUGUCACGGAGCUGAGCCCGAUGGCGUCGCCCGCCUUCGAGGUGAACCGCCCGACCGAGGCCGAGGUGCUACUGUCGCGCCUGCUCGAGAAGACGGUCCGGCGAUCUGGGGCGCUCGACACCGAGUCCCUCUGCCUCAUCGCCGGCCUGAAGUGCUGGUCCGUCCGCGUCGAUCUGCACGUCCUCUCGCACGACGGCAACCUGGUCGACGCCUCGUGCCUCGCCGUCGUGACAGCGCUGCGCCACUUCCGAAAGCCCGACACUUCGAUCGAAGGCGAAGCGCUGACAGUCUACACCCCCGCCGAGCGCGAGCCCGUGCCCCUGAGCUGGCUUCACUCGCCGUUUUGCGUUACCUUCAGCUUCUUCGGCGAGGCCUCGCAGUCGGCUGGCGGCGACGAAGCCGGGGACCUCUUCGCUGUGGACGCCAACUGGCUCGAAGAGCAGGUCCGCGUGGGCCACUGCACCAUCAGCCUCAACCGCCACGGGGAGAUCUGCCAGAUUUCCAAGCUGGGAGGCGCCGCGGUCGAUGCCGUCGCAUUGCUGCAGUGCAACGCCAUCGCCCUGACGAAGGCCAAGGAGUUCUCCAAGCUGGUGGAUGACAGGCUAGCCGAGGACGCAAAGAAAAGAGACAAGGGAGGCCUUUUGGCGGAGCUCUCGGCUGAAAAUGCCAGGUGAUACAAGCCUGGCACUGGGAGAGAAGGGACAGCAGGCUAGAGCGGAGCGAGGAGGAAAAUAAUGGAAUACAAAGAUACCCAGAAACUCUACAUUGUACUUUUCCAGACAUCACCAUAUCAGGGCCUCUAACGAGCACCAUAUGUGGUUGGUUAGAUCGGAGCUACCGAACACGUUGGUUCGGUGGUGGCGGCUUUGCCCCAAGAUUCCACGUUCUUGGUCUAAACAUAUGAACUCUAAAAGAAAUGAAUAGUAAACCAAUCGCUCUGUA